AUGGGGAACGCUCUCAGGUUUCUCUAUCGCUGCUGCAGGCCGGAGAAGCCGUCGGCAGCGCAGCCGCCGGCGAGGCCCGACCGGCCUUUGGGUCCCCACGGGGUGUCGCAGGCCACCGUCGGCGUCUCCGCCCUCGCUCGCGACCUGUUCAACUUCGAGAUCGGAUCUCAGGUCGGUCACUGCCGCUUUUCUGAUCUCUGAGAGAGGACGACUGCUCCUGAAGAGGGAUUCUCCUUCUUUAUGAUCUGUAGGUUCCCGAUGGCCUCAGCCUGCACGUCGUCUCCUCCAAGAAGGCUCAGUCCAAUUGGUAACGAGAACCAUCCCUCCCCUCCGUCUCCGGUCAUGGCUUCCGUCUUGAUCUAACCCUUCUUCUUCUUCUUCUUCUUCUUCUUCUUCUUCUUCUCCUUCUACUUCUUCUUCUGCUUCUUCUUCUUCUUCUUCUUCCGCUGCUGCUUCUUCUUCUUCUUCUUUGCGGCGAAGGUACAAUAAGCUGUCGGCAGCGUGGAAGGAAGCGAGGCCACCGCCGAGAACGCCGGAGGAGGCGGCGCGACUGGUUGUGCAGACUCUGAAAGGGCACAAGAAAGCCGAUGUGGAGGUACGAAUCUCCACGGCGACAGCCUCCUCCACAGCCCGCUGAUGGUGUUCCCACCACUCAACCUCCCCGGAGCAAGCUUCUUUUUUCUAGGGUUUUCUACGGUUCUACGGCUUACCCCUCCUUCAAGCUCCGGCCGAGACCACACCGCCGACUCCCCAUCGAUUGCCGGAGGGCGUGAAGUUCGAAGUCCACACCCUCCCUGUGAGCGACCCUCUCCUCGUCCUCGUCCUCCUCCUCAAAACCCCGCUCGUCAUCUGAUCUAAUUCACAGCUGGUUUCAGGUAGAUUACAAGGACGUCGGCGAUGGAGACACGAUCAAUGUGUACGUAGACGCCGCCGGUCCGAGGGAGAGCGCCGCCGUGCCGGCGGAGGUUCGCCGGGCGGCCGUAGAGAGAGCCAAUGCCCGCGCCGUGAGGGACUUCACAAGGGCCGACGCGCUCCAGAAGAUGAUCCAGAAGGAGGGUUACAGGUAGGGGAAAUCUCCGACGAGCUCCAUUGGCGGCGCCGCCCCGAUGCUCACACGCCACCGUCUUCCUUCAUGGUUUCGUCCAGAGUAAUCGACGGCCAGAGCAACAGAGUGACCCUCGCGAAAAAGUACAGAAUCAGGCUGAGGUGAGCACCUCGUCGGAGCGCCGCCUAUCGCCGCCGCCUGGCUAUGGGUCUUCCUCUCAUCUCUCACCGCCAAUCUUACGAGCGACCAGGGGGAUCGACGCGCCGGAGACCGCCAUGCCGUUCGGGAAGGAGGCCAAGGAGGUGCUGGCCAAGCUGGUCCAAGGGAAGCCUCUGCGGGUCCUCGUUUACGGAGAGGAUUGCUACCAGCGGCAAGUCGGCGACAUCUACUGCCAGGGCGUCUUUGUGCAGGUGGUGAUGAUCUCGCUCUGAAACUCUAACCCUAGAGCAGAGGUGAGACCUUCACGAUCUUCUUCUCGCAGGAGGUGAUGCUCAAGACGGGAUGUGCUUGGCACUACGUGGCCUACGACAAGAGGCCCGAAUUCGCCAUGGUCUGGAACAACCACCUCCUCUUCUUCUUCCUCUUCCUCUUCUCCAUCCUCAUCGUCAUCCUCUGAUCAUUACUCUCUCGACUUGAGUUGCAGUGGGAGAGCCAGGCAAGGUCUGCCCGCAUCGGAUUGUGGGCAUCGAGGAAUCCACAGAAGCCCUGGGAAUGGAGGAGAGACAAGAGAAAUGGCCUAUGA